UGUGUACAUUCUUGAUAGAGAAGCAUAAUGGCGGGCGUCCAAACGGUUAAAGAGCCCAGCUCACGUUCAGAUGGAGGCUGAGUUGCAGAAGUAGAGUAACACUUCGAAGCCGUGGUUUAUUUCGGAGAUAACGACGUGUCCCUUGACCUUCUCUAGUAGGGAAAACACGUCAGUUAUGUCUUGUUGUGGAAGAGUGGGAUUUUUUAAAGCUCGUCGAACAAGCUAGCGAGUCUUAUGUUUAACUAUUUUUAUAGUCUAAAGCUUAGCUAAUAGCAGUCAGACACGUAGAUUAAAAGGCUAGCGCUCUGCUUAGCUCGCUCUGUGCUUUGUAAAGCACUUGUGUCGAGCGAAACGAGGUUCGAUAGAGGGUUAAAAAACAAAACAAAACAAACAAGAACCAAAAAAAAAAGAAAACGCAAUCCAGAUAUCCUGCGGUGAAAGAAGCGGAACGAAGAACAACUGCAGCGAGUUGAAUGAAGGAGUCAUGGCUGAACACACCCCUCCGCUGGAGUCCGGCCAGUUACUCAGCCCAGAUCUGCCACUCCUCACCCCACCACCUUCUCAACCUCCACCCAGCAUGGUCAACGGAGAUGGGAGCCAACAAGUCAUUUUGGUGCAAGUUAACCCAGGUGAGGCCUUCACAAUUCAGAGAGAGGAUGGUCAGUUUCAGUGUAUCACAGGUCCUGCUCAGGUUCCCAUGAUGUCCCCAAAUGGUUCAGUGCCUCCAAUCUAUGUGCCUCCUGGUUAUGUUCAACAAAUCAUUGAGGAGAGUGGAGUAAGGCGAGUGUUGGUCUUGCCUCAGGCAGAGUUUCAUCCUGGGGGCCACUCUCCCCUGCACCACCCUCCCCCUCCUCCCACCCACCCCCACCUGCAGGCCUUCAUUCCCCAUCCGCAUCCAAUCUUGCCUCAUCCUCCUCCUCACCUGUACUCAGGCAUGGCCGGCGGAACUGGAGACAUGAAUGCCCAGUACAUCUCUCAGUACCACCCAGCCCACAUCUACACAGACCAGGUUUCUCCAGACACUCACCCGGCACAUGGACGCGCAGCGUUUCACCGGGAUGAAAGGGCUAACAAAGCGCAUGAACGGCUGCAGAAGAAGUUGAAGGAGCGUCAGGGUGGUCAGGCAGGAGGAGGAGCGGGCGGUCAGGCUCCUACCAAAGAUAGUCCUCCACUCUCUCCACAGAAGAACCGUGGAACCCCACCAGGAGGAGACCUCCAGAAUGGCCUUCUCAAAGGUGUGGAGGAGCAAAGCCAGGCUGCUACACUCAGUGGCCUAGGAAAAGCAUGUUCAGGAAGAGUGAGAGACAUGGAGUCUGCUGAAUCGAAUGAAAAGAUUCAGGCUCUUCGCGAAUGGUUAAAGAAUAUUAGCAAGCCUGUGGUGGCAGAUAUUCAGGCUAGAGGAGCGUGUCUCUGCUGGAACGCUCCAGUAAGGCAAACUGCAGAUGAGGAGCAGAAAGAGCCAGAAGAGAAUCCUGAGGAGCCAACUGUCAGCUAUGAGGUGUCCGUCUCGUACAGUGGCAAGGAUGGCAAAUACAACACUGCCUACAGUGGAAAGGAGCUUAGUGCAACCAUAGAGAACCUAAGACCAGCAACAGACUACCAUGUCAGGGUCCAGGCCAUAUGUAACUGUUUACAAGGAACCCCGUCUGAGCCCGCAAGUUUUACAACACUGAGCUGUGAACCUGACGCACCCAUCCCACCUCGCAAAGCCAGCGGCACUAAAAGCUGUCUCGUCCUGCAGUGGAAGGCUCCAUGUGACAACGGUUCCAAAAUUCAAAACUACAUUCUGCAGUGGGACGAGGGUAAAGGAACAGGAGUGUUCGAGCAGUGCUACUAUGGCCCUCAGAAGCAGUACAGGGUGACCAAGCUCUCGCCAGCAUCCAAAUACUCAUUCCGCCUAGCAGCCAAAAAUGACAUGGGUGUCAGUGAGUUCAGUGAACCUGUAGACAUGUUGACCUCAUGCAGUGUCCCUGCACCUCCAAAGAGCCCUGAGCUGAUCCAGGCUGGGGUCACUUGGCUCUCCCUGCGGUGGAACAGGCCAGACAGCUCACCAAAAGAAGACGAUAUCGGUUACAUACUGGAAAUGGAAGAAGAGGGCUCGGGAUAUGGGUUCCAGGUCAGUUAUGAUGGUGAUGACUUGUCAUGCACAGUGAGGAAUCUGCACCGGAGCACCAAGUACAAAUUCAGGAUUGCUGCAUAUAAUACGGAAGGAAAGAGUAACCCGAGUCCUGUGUCAGAGUUUGCUACGGCCCCAGACAGACCUGGCUGCCCCUACAAACCCUGUGUUAAGGGCAAACAACAUCCAACCAGCUUCCGCAUGACCUGGGAUCCCCCCAAAGAGACUGGUGGCUCAGAUGUGACUGAGUAUGUGGUGGAGCUGUCUGAAGGACUAAGUGGCUCCUCUUGGGAGGAAGUGUACAGGGGUUCAGCUACAGAAUGUGUGUGUGAUGGCCUGAAGCCAGGUGGGACAUACCAAGCUAGAGUCUGCUGUCAGAGCAAAGGAGGACAAAGCCCAUUUUCGGAGACCCUGCAGGUCCAGAUUCCAGCUGUUCCUCCUGGCCCCUGUCAGACUCCCAGAGUAAUUGGCAAGCCAAAAGCCAGAGAGGUGCAACUUCGCUGGGCUCCUCCUCAGGUCGAUGGCGGGAGUGCGGUGUGUACUUACAGUGUGGAGAUAUUUGCCCCUCAGGCUGAGGAGGCCAGAGAGGUGUAUCAAGGCCAAGAGCUUGAAUGCACUGUGCACAGUCUCCUACCUGGGCGAACAUACGGCUUUCGUCUGAGAGCAGCCAAUAAAGCUGGGUAUGGGCCUUUCUCCGAGCGUAUUGAGGUGACUACAGGACCAGGAGCACCUGAGCCUUGUCGACCUCCUCACAUCACCUGCAAAUCUCCUUCUUGUGCUGUGGUCAGCUGGGAAGCUCCUUCGUGUAAUGGUGCAGCAGUGACUGAGUUUCGGUUGGAGUGGGGAGCAGCUGAGGGAAGCAUGCAGAUGAUCUACAGUGGAGCUGCAAUGAGCUAUGAGCUGAAAGGCCUGCUACCUGCUACCAACUAUUUCUGCAGAUUGCAGGCAGUGAAUGUGGCCGGCGUGGGACCGUUUAGCGAAGUUAUACUGUGCCAGACGCCCUGCUCUGUGCCUGCUAUGGUCAGUGUUGUUCAUGCUCUCCGCGAGAGCGAGAUGAGGAUGGAAGCAAAGGGCCCUGACAGAGGAGAGGUAGAGGAGGAGGAGGAUGAAGAAGAAGAAGAGGAGGAGGAAGAAGAUGGAGAAAGACCCUCUCCUCCACUCUAUUCCCCUUCUACUUGCCUGGGGCUCCGCUGGGAGGCACCGUGUGAUCAUGGAGCAGAGAUUACAUCUUACCUGAUUGAUAUAGGAGAGAGACAGCCAAUUUCCACCGGCCCUGUAACGAAGUACAUUAUACAGAACCUUCAACCUGAUACCACCUACAGGAUAAGGAUCCAGGCUCUAAACAGCCUUGGUGCUGGUCCCUUUAGCCACACUUUUAAACUAAAGACAAAACCUCUGCCUCCUCUGCCACCGAGGCUGGAGUGCACUGCAUUCAGCCACCAGACACUCAGGCUGAAGUGGGGUGAUGGUCCAGCCAAGAAUUCCCCCACAGACUCACUGCAGUACCAGCUCCAAUUGGAGGACAGAAAUGGCAGGUUUAUAUCCUUGUAUAAAGGACCUUGCCACACUCACAAAGUGCAGAGGCUAAAUGAGUCUACCUCUUAUUCGUUUCGCAUCCAAGCCUUUAACGAGGCGGGCGAAGGGCCCUUCUCUCUUGUGUACACCUUCACCACCCCCCGCUCACCACCAGCUCCACUCAAAGCACCACGUGUGGAACGACUGGAUGAGUCCUGUGAGAUUAGUUGGGAGUCCCUGCCACAUAUGAAGGGAGAUCCAAUCAUUUACUGCCUGCAGUGCAUGCAGGGAAAUUCUGACUUUAAACAGAUAUACAAGGGCUCAGACACUCUAUUCCGCCUCUCCUCCCUGAGCUCGUCCUCUGAAUACCGUUUUAGAGUGUGUGCGAUCCGCCAGUGCCAGGAUGCUCCGGAGAUCAUGGGGCCGUACAGUUCCAGUGUCACUUUACUGCCUCUUCGCAUCGAAUCUCCCAGCUCAUCCAGCAGCGUGGGGCCUAAAGCUAGCGAGAGCCAGCAGCCUCGACGCAGCCUCACAGACGAGCAGUUCUCCCUCCUCAUCAUCGCCCUGCUCGCUCUCACCUCUAUCCUCAUUGCCGUGGCCAUCCAGUACCUCGUCAUCGAGUGAUCCGUGAAGACGCAAGGCCAAAUCCUGUUGUUUUGGUUUAGUUUUUCUGUCUAUUUCAUUUUCUGUCUGUUUCAUUCUCAGCACCAAAGUGGGUUGAGGAAACGGUGAGCAAAGGGAAGGAUAAGGGGAAGAAAAAAGCUGAGGCUGUAGAAUUUUUCCACCAACUUUUCUUUUUGAUUGUUUUCUCUUUCUCUGCAGCGCUAUUAGAAAGCACAGUAUUGCUUUCCCAUUAGCUGGGAGGUGGGUACUGAAGGAUUAGGAACGAAGCUUACCACUCACUGCAUACUCCUUUUUAACAUUCAUUUAUGUCUGUAGCUAUAGUUUUUUUAUUAUUUAUAUUUAGUUUUAUUAUCAUUUGUCUGGUAUGUGACUUUGGAUCUGUGUUCCAUAACUGGCAUGGUGAUUGUUCACGGUUUGCUGCUACGUGGUUUGCUGGUGCACUGUUCGCUCGUGCGCUGGUCAUUUACGCUGGUGUGCAGUUUGCUGGCGAGCUGUUUGCUGGUACGCUGUGAGCUGUUGCUGGUGCAUUGGUCAUUUGUGUGCUGGUGUGUGGUUUGCUGGUGAGCUGUUUGCUGGUACAUUGUGUGCUGGUGCACUGGCACUGUUCAUUGGUAAGCUGUUUGCUGGUGCACUGGUCAUUGGCCUGCCACUGAGCUGUUUGCUGGUGCACUAGGUGCUGUUCAUUUGAGUUGUUCAACCUGUUGCACUGACCAUUGGUGCCAUGGCUGCUGUUCUUUGGUAAGCUGUUCACCGAUGAGCUGGUCACUGGUGUGCUGUUAAGGGAUGGAACUCAGAGGGCCAGUGAAUACAGAGGAGAGGGAUAAAGGGAGGUAGAGGACACCAAUCUCCCACCAACAUGUGGAAGAAAGUGAAGAGAUAUGAAAAGCCUUGAGGUCCUGAAGGUACCAAGCUCUCACUAGGAGAUUAGUUUAAUGACAUCACUGAGAGAAGGGAGACUGAUAUACUUGUUCACCUUAUAGAACAUUCAUUUAGCACUUUCCUUAAAACCCUUUUUUUUCAUGUGCAGAAUGUGUAGGGAUGCAAAAAAAGACGAGAAAUGGUAGUAUAUUUUUGUACAGCAUGAUGCAAGGACCUGCUCAUUUGAGAUCUGGGUUGGUAUAGGGUUAGAUCAAUGACUAUGGGGGUGGGGGGAGGGGAAAAAAACAAGGAACCUAACACAGUCAAAAGUUAUUUUUAUUAUCUUGUAAGUAUACUGUAGCUUGAUUUUACAUGCUUUGCUCCAGAAUAUUGUCCAGCACAAAAAAAAAUGUAUGCUUAUCCGUUUAUUUUUGCACCUUAGUGAGAAGAAAAAAAUAACAACAGUACUGACUCCGUCUUGAUCUUGUGAUGCGUUUUAUGGAACACACACUCUGGUUAUGUAAGCCCUUGUGUUUUUGGAUGUUGAGUUGUUGUACCAUAAAACAUGUUAUUGAAAUCUUUUGUUUCAAGAGUAAUGAUUUCAGAUGUGAUUAGAAUCAACCAUUUCUUCUGCAUAGUAUUUUCUUAAUUUCUCUGAUCAUUUUUUGUUUAUUUUUACCAACUUUUUUUCCUUAAUACUGAAUAUAUAUAAUGAAUAAGUAUUCCUUAUUCACUAAUGUUAUUCUUAUUUUCCUCAUUUGAAUCACAUAUUUGAAGGGGUUUUUUUUUUUUAUUUAUGCAACAAAGAAAAUAAGGUUAAUCAUGCAGGGGAAAAAAAAAACAAAACAAAAAAAAUGAUGAAAGCAAAAAGCAGUUCUAAAAUGUGUUGAUUCUACAUGUACUUCCUGUGAAACAGAUUUGUUUGCCAUUUCUCUGUGUAAAGUCAUUGUGAUGGAUUGCCGAAGCUGCGUGAUGGCAGUGAGACAAUCUAGUUGUGAGGUCUAAUGUCGUGAGUGGUUAUGGCAGUGGUGCUGUCAUCACCAUGUAAGAACUACAGGUACCUUGCAAGUUUUGGUUUAAUUACAUGAUUUGGUCUAGGUGGUUUGCAGAUGUCUUCUCUGUCACUGAAGGAAAAAAGAAAAAAAAACAAAUUCCUAUUUUUGAUAGUGAUAAAACUGUAAUUGCAAAAUGUGCCAUUUUAACAUCUCCCCCACCAUAGUAGGCUUCUACAUUUGGUCCAUGGAGGAGACUACAAAGAAAAAAACUACAAAAAUAUGCACAAAAAUGAGACCAUUUUUAUGUAAUUUUAAUGGUUGCAGUUACCUCAUACACCCGUACAUUCCAAAAUGAAAAAUUUGUUAUACUAUACAUAGUACCAGACAUAUCACUUUAAAAUGUUCGUUAUGAAUUCAGAAAUGUAUAAUCAUAAAUAUGUAUCUAAAGUGUAUCUGUAAAGUCAUGAUAUCUACAGAAUAAAAAUUUAUAAUUCUUAA